CCCCCCCUCAACCCGCCGGGCGAAGCGAGCGCAGAGGCGGAACUUGUGUCCAAGUUGAACACCCGCCCCCCCCUCUCCUGUGCAGGUCUACACCCAACUCGCUCGUUGACAGCUCAUCCGGAGCCCCAUCGUAGCUGAGAGGCCGGGGGCAGUCAGGCCGCAAUGCUGCCCUCGUCGAACCAGCCACGGGCAAACGGGCGCGACGCGGGGCCGGCUACUGCCUGCUUCAAGCGCUCGCGCUACCUGCGCAGGCUGCUGCGCUUCCGCCAGAUGGACUUCGAGUUUGCGACGUGGCAGAUGCUCUACCUGUUCACGGCGCCGCAGAAGGUCUACCGCAACUUCCACUACCGCAAGCAGACCAAGGACCAGUGGGCGAGGGAUGACCCUGCCUUCCUCGUGCUGCUCAGCGUCUGGCUGUGUGUGUCGACAUUGGGGUUCGGCUUUGUGCUGAGUAUGAGCUUCCUGAACACUCUGAAGCUGCUGCUGUGGGUCGUGUUCAUCGACUGCAUCGGCGUGGGGCUUCUCAUAUCGACGCUCAUGUGGCUGAUAUCGAAUCGAUACCUCAUGGGCCGCGGCGUACGGGAGAGUGACGUCGAGUGGGGCUACGCGUUCGAUGUUCACCUCAACGCCUUCUUCCCGCUCCUCGUCAUCCUGCACUUCAUCCAGCUGUUCUUCAUCAAUAGAGUCAUCAUUCAGGACUGGUUCAUCGGAUAUUUCGUGGGAAACACGCUGUGGCUCGUCGCCAUCGGCUACUACAUCUACAUCACCUUCCUUGGCUACAACGUGCUGCCAUUCCUGAAGAACACAGUGCUGCUGCUGUACCCCAUGGCACCACUAGCGCUUCUGUACGUGCUGUCGUUGGCGCUGGGAUGGAACUUCACCCAGGGGCUCUGUUGGUUUUACAACGUCCGCGUGUAGUGACGAUGCGUGGUGUCCGUGUUGUUUCCGUCUCGUGCGACAAAAAUUCAAUCUCUCGUCCCCGCACGACCGAAUCGAAGCGACGAUUAUUGCGUCGCAGUCGCGUCACGAUUUAUUGUUGUCCUUGUUUUGUUUUAAAACAGGGGGUGG